GCACAUGUGGGUGGUUACCAUAACAAUAGCUCUCAGUGACAUGUUCGCACACAACAAUGGAGGGGCGCUGUGUGUGGUUCUGCAAACCGGCCGGGUAGAACUUGCUCCGGGCAUUCGGUCAGCGUCAACUGGAGGAACUGUCAGCAGCCGCUGUGUGGAAUGUUCAGAUCACAACAAUGGCUUCUAAUGACCACUUUGGUGUGGAGUACUCUGGGGAUAUUCACCCUGGGGACUUAGUUGAAAUAUUCCGUCCUGCGUAUCAACACUGGGCUCUGUACUUGGGAGAUGGUUACAUCAUCAAUGUUGCACCCUUAGACGAGGGCCCGACGGCCACUUUCGCCAGCGCCAAGUCGGUGUUUAGCAGGAAAGCCAUGGUGAAGAUGCAGCUUCUCAAGGACGUUGUGGGCAGAGACCCCUACACCAUAAACAACAAGUACGAUGACAACUACACGCCUCUGCCCGUGGAGGAGAUCGUCAACAGGGCCGAGUUCCUCAUCGACCAAGAGGUGUCGUACGACCUGCUGGGCAACAAUUGUGAGCAUUUUGUCACAUUGCUGCGUUACGGGGAACCCGUGUCCGACCAGGCGAACAGAGCAAUCAGUGCCAUUAGUUUUGUGACAGCCACCGCUAGUGUCUUCUCACUGGUCGGACUCUUUCAGAACAGAUCAAGGCAAAGAAACUACUGAAGAUUUGGGCCGUCACUUGUCCCUUGAUCAAAACUGCUGUUAAAAAAAAUUUAACCCAAAGGAAAUUAAAAUAUGGUUUGACGUUCUUUUGUUACUGUAAAUUUAGCUCGUUUUUAAAAUUCUGUUAAACGAAAAGUACCCCCGGGGUGAGAAUUGCAAUGGUGUGUGAGGCCCGGGAAUCAACCUAGUCUUAGCUAUGAGAUCUUUUAAUAAUAAUAAUCCUUGCAUUUGAUACAG